UUAACGGCUGGAUCGGUUGCAAGUCAAACAUGGCAAUUUUCCGACCGAGAAAAGAAGAAAAAUGAGAGAGACAAAUGGAAAAGGAGAAGAAGGCUCUCUCCUCUCCGAAGCCUUUUUGCUUUCCCAAAAUCUGAGUGCAAAACCCUAUUAUCCGAUUCCAUUGAUAAUAUCUGAAAUUAGGGUUUUCAGUUUCCAGAAUUUCUCCUCCGCUCCACAAGGUUGCCGCUGAAGGAAAUAGCUUAUGGCCAACACCGGAGCCGAAAGGGAGCCUGAAUGGAUACAAAGAGUGAGAUCAGAGGGAGCUGUUCCGCUUGUUGAUGCAGACACAGGUCAAAAUGGCUGGGCUUCUCCACCUGGACACAAGUUCAUGGUCAGAGGCCCGGAUUACUUGUCGACCAAGGUUAAAAUUCCUGCUGGUGCAUGUCUUCUAAAGCCUCUUGGUUUCGAUUGGAUUAAAAGCUCUACAAAGAUUACAGAGAUCUUAAAACAUCCUAACAGUCGUGUCAGGAAGGCUAUUGAGGAUGAGUUUCGGUCAGGUAAUAAGCCUUUUGUUUGGGCUUUCAAUCUUCAAGUUCCUAGCAAGGAUAACUAUAGUGCGGUGGCAUAUUUUACAACCACAGAGCCUAUCCCUGAGGGGUCUUUGAUGGAUCAGUUUCUGAAAUGUGAUGAUGGCUUUAGGAAUUCGAGGCUUAAGUUGAUUGCCAACAUUGUCAAGGGCCCUUGGAUUGUAAGAAAAGCAGUUGGGGAGCAGGCCAUAUGCAUAAUUGGUCGUGCCCUUUCUUGUAGCUAUAGUGUAUCAGACACUUUCCUAGAAGUAGAUGUAGAUAUUGGAUCUUCCAUGGUUGCAAGUGCAAUAGUUCAUCUUGCAUUUGGUUAUAUCACAACAUUGACUGUAGACCUUGCCUUUCUGAUUGAGGCUCAAACUGAGUCAGAGCUUCCAGAACAGCUCUUAGGUGCUGUAAGAUUCUCUGACCUAGACCCUACUGUGGCUCGGCCCGCUGAGCCAUCAUCUGAUAGGAGUCUUGGCACUUUGCAGUCUUCUCUGCCUACACGACUAUGGAAAUCACUUGGGCAGGGUUUCUCUCAUAUUCUUCAUCCAGGUCCCCAAGAAAAUGGCUCUAGCUCAGGCUCACCACAUGCUAAUGGAACUGUAGAUAAUAAAGAAGGCAGUUUUGAAGAGAUUAACAAAGGAUAAAUCAAAUGAAUGUGAUGAAGAUGGAGUCGGAGAUAUUGAAAGUAUCAUGAACUGUCUGACCAUAUUGUAUAGACAAAACUACUUCACUUGGUCUCAUCUGCUUGUGUGAUAUGCUGUGUCCAUAGGUGGGCACUCAUGUCCUAUUUCCCAUUGGCAACAUAUUAUCGUUUUUCUAAUUUAAUGGGUAAAAAUAAUUUAUUUAUUCAUUUAUUUUAUAUCUCAAGAGUACUGUAUAUAUAAGAAUGAGUGUCGCUGUGUAGCAAUUUAUAGAACUUGGGAUUGCGCUU